UCACACACUCAUGAAGAUAAAGACAACCUCAAUUAAACGCCAUUGAAUGUCUCAAAAGCCACCUCCAUCAAAUAAAAUAAUUGAAGACAAAAAGUAGUAUCCUAAUAAUUGAAACACAUACAUACAUACAUACAUCAAUAAAUGCAAUUAGUACUUACUUGUUUUACAGUUUGGUUAUUGGGUUUGGUUGGAUCAUUCAAUCUUUACCUACUAGAGAUAUUAAGAAAAAGAAAAAGAAAGGUGUAUGGAGAAGUAUGAGGAAGUAAAAGAUAUUGGGGAUGGAAAUUAUUCAGUUGUGAAGCUUAUUCGCCACAUAGACACAAAAUCCCUGUUUGCUGUCAAGUACAUCCCAAGAGGCCACACGGUUGAUGAAAGGGUGGCAAGAGAAAUCAUAAACCAUAGAUCUCUUCGUCAUCCAAAUAUUAUUCAGUUCAAGGAGGUUUUUUUGAGUCCAACACAUAUUGCAAUAGUUAUGGAGUAUGCAGCUAGUGGUGAUCUAUUUGAUUAUGUUUGCAGUCAGGGCACAUUAAGUGAAGAUAAGGCUAGGUAUGUCUUCCAACAGCUAAUUUCAGGGGUUAGUUAUUGUCAUGACAUGGAAAUUUGUCACCGAGAUUUAAAGUUGGAAAACACAUUAUUGGACGGAAAGCGUAUUAGGAUUUGUGAUUUUGGCUUUUCUAAGUCAUAUCUACUUCAUUCGACGCCAAAUUCAAGGAUCGGAACUCCGUCCUAUAUUGCACCAGAGAUUUUUUCUGGUAAAGAAUACAAUGGAAAGUUAGCAGAUAUAUGGUCAUGUGGAGUGAUGUUGUAUAUAAUGCUAGUGGGAGAAUUGCCAUUUGGGGACCAAAAGGAUUUGCAAAAUCUCAAGAAAACAAUGAAUAAAAUUAUGCUUGUUCAAUACAAGAUCCCGGACACCGUUCACAUUUCUCAACAUUGUAGAAAUCUAAUAUCUCGUAUUUUUGUGGCAAAUCCAAUGAAAAGAAUCAGCAUGAGAGAAAUUAAGUCCCACCCAUGGUUUUUAGAGAACUUGCCUAAGGAAUCAAUAAAAGAGGCUCAAGAUGUGAACUACACAAAAGAAAAUCCAAUAUAUUUUCUUCAAAGUAUAGAAGAGAUAAUGAACAUUAUUGAGGAAGCUAAAAUUCUAGCUACAACUUCUAGUUCAGAUCAAUUGGAGGAUUUAACUGAGGCAUUAAAGAAGAUGUAACUAGAGAAGAAGGCAUAGAUUAAUGAUGAAACUAGAUAUAAGAAAAAAGCUCAGAACAUUCAGUUUUGUAGAUAGUAAAUUAGAUUUUUGGUUCUCUUUUUUAUUUAUUAAUUUAAGACACUUUUCCUGUGUAUAAA